CCGUCGACCAUCCACGCUCACUGACGGUUCGGUCCAGUCGCUGCCCACCGCCACUCCUGGCUUCGACUCUACACGGCGCUUCAUAUGCUCCAUCACACACACGGCUAGAGCUCCGUUCAGCAGCUCUAAGGACCUUCUCCGCCGACUUCGCCUCCGGAAGAACGCCGCAUCACUCUUUCCUCCCUCUUAUACGGAACCCCCAUCCACCGCAAUCAUGUCGCACCUCCAACAGCAGCUGAAGAGCUUCAACGCCGGCGUAAUGGACUACGCCCGGCAGAUGCCGGCCCAGCGACGGUUCGUGCACAACGCCGGCACAGGGAGCACGAACUCCGGCACCAGUUCGCAGGUCGGCGCAUCGACGCCGUCGACGCCCACACCCGGCGGCAGUGACCCGAGCAAACGGCGCCGCCAUGACGGCGACAUCGUGUACUCGCAGCCGGCGAACACGGGGACAGGCAAGGACAUCAUGACGCAGGUGAUCUUCGCGAUCGAGCACAUGAAGAACAAGGGCGUGCCGCUGAAGUUCAACGACAUCGUGUCGUACCUGUCUCUGCAGCACCGCGCCCACGACCAGGGGUAUGUGCAGGCGCUGCGGAGCAUCCUGCAGAUGCACGAGAAGGUGCUGUUUGAUGCGUCUGGGGCCAACGGCGAGGGCACGUUCAGCUUCCGCCCGCCGCAUAAUAUCCGCAGCGCGGAGCAGCUGCUGGCGAAACUGCAGGCACAGACGUCGGGGGCGGGGAUGAGCGUGCGCGAGCUGCGCGAGGGGUGGCCUGCUGUGGAGGAGACGAUCAACUCGCUGGAGAAGGCGGGGAAGGUGCUCGUGACGCGCAAUAAGAAGGACGACCAUGCCAAGAUGGUGUGGGCGAACGACCCGUCGCUCAUUCAGCACUUUGACGACGAGUUUCGCCAGAUCUGGGAAAAGAUCCGCGUGCCGGACCAGCAGACUGUCAAGGAGGAGCUGGAGAAGGCCGGGAUCACGCCGACUAGCAAGAACAAGGUUGUCAAGAUGCGGCCGAAUUACGAGCACAAGAAGGUGAAGAAACCGCGGCGGAGUGGCAAGACGACCAACACUCAUAUGAUGGGGGUGUUGCGGGAUUACUCUCAUUUGAAGCGGUGAUCCUAUUUUUACUUUGAUGUUCCAUCUCUUUAUUACUCAGGGGAAAAGACUGAAGCAUCCACGGCGUUACGGUUAAAAGGUUUGUAUACUGGGAUUAUUACUGGCAGUGAACAACAGACUAUCGUUUCGUUCCACCGGAAGUACUUCCCAUGUUAGAAUACUAUAUACUCAGAUCUACAUCUGACAGAUACCCAAAAUGAUUACAC